AUGCCCCAAAAGGAAAAAACAUACAAAGAGGCCGCCUUCCGCCCGAAUUCUUCUUACCGGACGGAGCCGACUCUGCGGCAGAAUGCUGCCUGGUCGGCCGCCGCUGAAGCGGGCGGGGUGAGCGGCCGGCGGUCGUUUCGCCGGCGGCUGCGCUCGACGGCGCGGCGGCGUGUCGGGCGCUGCGGAGAGCGCGUUGCUGGGAGGUGCGGCCGGAGGCGGGUCGGCCAGGGUGUGCGCGUCGUCGAUGCGACACCACCGGUGCGCGAGCCGAUCGCCGACACCACCGGAGGUCUGUGCCGGCGCGGAGGAGUGCCAGGACGGCGACCACGCGGCGCGCGAGGUCCGCGAGACGCUCGCGCGCGAGCAGGUCGAGCCGCACGCCUUCCACUCGACCUCGCUGCGCUCGAGGUUGCGGCGGCGGGCCUGUCCUUCAUCGGCCCGCCCGGCUCCUCCAUGCGCGCGAUGGGCUCCAAGGAGCAGCAGCCUACGCCCUCAGACGCCACACGCGAGCUGCUCGCCGCGAUCGAGUCGGCACAGCGCGAGGCGGCGGCCUCCUUUGGCGACGCGCGGCUGCUGGUCGAGCGCUAUCUCGACUCGGCACGACACAUCGAGGUGCAAGUCUUCUGCGACAGCCUCGGCGGCGCGGUCCACCUCUUCGAGCGCGACUGCUCCGUCCAGCGCCGCCACCAAAAGGUGCUGGAGGAGGCGCCCGCACCCGGAGUCUCGCCGGAGCUGCGAGAGUCGCUUGGUGCUGCCGCCGUGCGCGCGGCGCGUGCGGUUGGCUACGUCGGCGCGAGGGCCUGCACCGCGACGAUGAGCUUCGCCACCCGCCCCUUCUCCUUGUUCAUCGCCGACGCGAGCGCGCCAAACCACUUUUACUUUAUGGAGAUGAACACGCGGCUGCAGGUCGAGCACCCCGUGACGGAGAUGAUCACCGGCGUCGACGCGGUCGAGCUGGCAGCUCCGAGCUCCGUGCCAUCUCCCCUGACCCCCCCCCCCGCCCCCCGCUUGCUCUCCCGCGUAGGCCUCGACUUGGUCGAGUGGCAGCUGCGCGUCGCCGCCGGCGAGCCUCUCCCCCUCUCGCAGCCCGAGCUCUCCCUGUCGGGCCACUCGAUCGAGGCGCGCAUCUACGCCGAGCGCCCCGCCUCCAACUUCUUCCCCGCCUCGGGCACGCUGCGCCACCUGGCGACGCCGCCCGAGGAGGGCGUCACCGAGUGUGCCGAGAGUAUAGGAGACGACGUGUCGGUCUUUUACGACCCGAUGGUCGCCAAGCUGAUUGUGCGCGGCCCGGACCGCGCCGCCGCGUGCCGCCGCCUCCACGCGGCCCUCGGCCAGUGGCAGACCGUCGGGCUGCCGACCAACGCGUCGGACGAGGAGGGGGCGCCCGCGGGCGCGCCGAUGCAGCUCCGCUUGUGGCGCGCCGGCGAGGGCGGCGCGUCGUACGGGUACCGCGUCGAGCUGGUGGAGGAGUCUGCCGCUGGGGCGAGCCGCAUCUUCCGCGCGCAGAUUGGGGGCGAGAGCGUGCGGGGCGCGGCCUUCAUCGAGCGGCCAGCCACGGAUGAGCCCGCGGCCGCGGCCGAGGUUCACUUGUUUGUGGGCGGAGAGCAGCUGCGCGUGUCCGUCUCGGACGUCGCCACCCAGGCCGCGGCGCGUGCGGCGGAGGCGGCGGCGUCGGAGGCUGGAGCCGUGCAACGGCCGAUUGUCGCGCCGAUGCCGGGCAAGCUCGUGCAGCUGCUCGUCGCCCCCGGCCAGCGCGUCGCGCCGGGCGAGGCGGUCGCGGUGCUCGAGGCGAUGAAGAUGGAGCACACGCUCGUCGCCGCCGCCGAGGCGACCGUCGACGUGCUGCACGCCGCCGCGGGCGACGUCGUCGCGCAGAAGGCGCUGCUCGUCACGUUUGCCACCGAGGAGGCGGCGUGAGCAGGGCCGAGGGGGGAGAGAGGCCCGCAGCGAGGCCGGAGGCUCGCGCGGUUGUUGCUGGCACGUUUGCCUGCCGGUGGGCACAGGGGGAGUCUCCGGUUCCCCGCGCGCGAGAGCGAGAGAGAGGGGGCGCGCGGCGAGAGCAUGGUGUAGUUUGCUGGUGUUGCGUACGAGGAGUGUACUGGAGUGCGCAGGGGGGCGGGGCUGUCAGCUCACGGGGGUGCUGGCGGAUGCUCAUGCUGCCAGCAAUAUCGUCCGUUCGUCGCGUGUGUGUUGAGGUAGAGCAGCAC